AGAAAACAUUUUUUUCAUCAAAAUUUAAUUAGCAAAAGUGAAUUUUAUGAUUUAAUUAACCUUUUAGAUUUGUUGGAAUUUAAUUGUUAUUAAUUUUGGAAAGCUGAAGAGCUAUUACAGCUGUUUGAGCUGAGAAAUUCAGUUGACAUUUUCAGCUGAAGUUCAUUCAAAGUUCAACUGAUGAGCUUCACCUUCACCACAUCAUCUGUUGUUAACGGAUUUUAAUUGUAUCUUUAAUUGUUUCACCUUUUAAUUAGUUUACUUGCAACAGAAUUUUAAUUAUAUUGACCUUGUGUGUAUUUUCAGUGAUAACUUUAUUCAUAUUUAACUUUUAUUUGUCUGUUUAAGGUUCAAGGUGUUUCAAAGACAAAGAUCACAUUGGUUACCAUGACCCCACCAGCUUAUCAUGAAUUUGGAAAUCAGGCCAAAGAUAUUUUCAACAAACAUUAUCAUCUUGGGCUAGUUAAGCUCGAUGUUAAGACUAAAACACCUUCAGGAUUGGCUUUCAAUGUUUCUGGAUCAUCAAACAACGAAACAAACAAGGUGUUGGCAAAUGUUGAAGCCAAUUAUACCCAUGAUAGAUAUGGACUUACCAUGAAAGAGAAAUGGGAUUGUGACAAUAAUCUUAGUGCUGAAAUCUCCCAUCGAGAUAAGUUGAUCAAAGGUCUAACUCUUGGUGGCAGAAAUUCAGUAACCCUUGACACUAAAGCACAUAAAGGAAGCAUUUUUGUCAAAUGUCAAGGAGAUUUGAUCAACCUUGCAAGUGAUGUUGAAUUUACUCCUUCGGGAACAAUGGUUAAUGGAUCAGCUGUCAUUGGAGCAAAAGAAUUUCUUUUCGGCUCUCAAGUCUCAUACGAUCCAAGCCAGAAAAAACUGGUUAAAACAAAUUUUUCAAUUGGCUAUAAUACUAUUGAUUAUGCUGUUCAUGGAAGUUUGAAUGAAAAAAAUGAUUUCAAUGGAUCAAUUUACCAUAAAGUCAAUGAAUCACUCGAAAGUGCUGUUUCUGUUGGUUGGUCGGCUGAUAAUGCAUCAACUAAAUUGGCUCUUGGAUGUGUCUACAAAUUAGAUAACACUUCAUCAUUACGAGCAAAAAUUAAUAACAACAGUAAUCUGAGUCUUGGUUUGUCACACAAACUUCGUCCUGGUAUCUUGGUUACAAUGUCAUCCAUGUUUGACCUGAAAAAUUUACAUGGAGGUGGACACAAAAUAGGAUUGGGAAUCGAGUUGAAUGCCACUUAAAGAUCUAAAAUUUUAACGAAAGUGCUUUCACAUUAUUCCUUUUAUUUAGAUGACCAAUUAUUCCCGAUGAAAUAUUUCUUAAGUUUUGAGUAAUUCCAAUUCCAGUCUCACCAUUAAUUCACCUGAAUUAAUAGUAACUUUUUUCUUCUUCUUCUUAGUUUUCAAACUCAGUAUUAAUGUUAACAUGCAUUCCAAAUAAGUAAGUUUCACCAAAGACUAAAAUAGAUUUCAAAUUAUUGGAGAAAAAAUAACAAUCUCAAUAAUUAGAUAAUCUUUUGAAUCUCAUUCUAUUCAAUAAAAUUAUUUGAAAUUAUUAAAUUAACCAAA